AUGGUUCGAAACCUACGCUCGUCGACUACCGACUCAUUUUUCAUUUACUCCGAUUUACAACACGGCACCGCACCAAUGGAUUUUGCUAACAGAUAUGUGCAGUCUGAUGACUCGAAGAUAUGCGUUGUCAUGGUGGGACUCCCUGCCAGAGGCAAGAGUCUAAUUGCUGGCAAGGCCAUGCGAUAUCUCGGCUGGGUGGGAAUUCCCGCCCGUGUCUUCAACGUGGGUAGCUACCGCCGUUUCAACACACCUCAGCCAUCGGCUACUUUCUUUGAUCCCCACAACGAGGAAGGUGAGCGCAUGCGUCGUGCCGCUGCGGAGGCCGCCAUGUCCGACAUGAUCCAGUGGUUCAAUACCGGCAAGGGAGUUGUGGCCAUUCUUGAUGCCACCAAUUCCACCAAGGAGCGCCGCAAGUGGAUCUAUGAGAAGUGCCAGGAAGCCGACAUUGAGGCUCUUUUCGUCGAGUCGAUCUGCGACGACGAAGACUUGAUCAUGAGCAACAUCAAAGAAGUCAAGACUACUUCCCCGGAUUACAAGGGCCAGGACCCUGAAGAGGCCGCCCUUGAUUUCCGCAACCGCAUUCGCAACUAUGAAAUGGUAUACGAAACCAUCGCUGAUAGCGAGAAGCACUACACCUUCGUCAAAUUGAUCAACGUUGGAUCAACCGUUAUCAUCAAUCAGAUCAAAGACUACCUCUCCAGUCGUCUGGUUUACUAUAUUCAAAACCUGCACAUCAAGCCUCGUUCAAUCUGGCUUUCACGCCAUGGCGAAUCCGAAUUCAAUUUGAGCGGCGCUAUUGGUGGCGAUUCUAACAUCUCUGAGCGUGGCGAGGCUUAUGCCCGUGCUCUCCCCGAACUUAUGCGCAAGUCCGGCAUUCCCGAGAACACCAAGAUUGUCAUUUGGACAUCUACUCUCAAGCGCACCAUUCAGAGCGCCCGGCACUUGAAGGCCGAGACCGGCUACGAGAAGCUGGAAUGGAAGGCUUUGGAUGAGCUUGAUUCAGGCGUCUGCGACGGCCUGACCUAUGAGCAAAUCGCCGAGAAGUACCCUGAGGACUUUGCCGCUCGUGAUGAGGACAAGUACAACUACCGCUACCGAGGUGGUGAAUCUUACCGUGACGUUGUCAUUCGUCUCGAGCCCAUCAUCAUGGAGCUGGAGCGUUCGGAAAAUGUCAUCAUCGUCACUCACCAGGCUGUUCUCCGUUGCAUUUAUGCUUAUUUCAUGAAUGUGCCUCAGGAGCAGAGCCCUUGGAUGGAGGUUCCCCUGCACACUCUCAUCAAGCUGACUCCUCGUGCCUACGGUACUGAGGAGCAGCGCUUCAAGGCCGAUAUUCCUGCUGUGUCUACCUGGCGUGGCAAGGGUACCUCGGCUAAACACCAGGAGUUCCCGGCCGAAGGGGAGGCCAAGGAGGAGACCAAGGAAGAGACCAAGGAGGGCAAGGAAUAG